UGUCCCAGUCCAAACCCAUCCCAGCUGACCGUUCCCAGUCCAAACCCCUCCUUUCUGACCUGUGCCAGUCCAGACUUGUCCAGUCUGACCGGUCUCAGUCCUAAACCGUCCUGUCUGACGCUGGCCAGUCUAAACCCAUCCUGUUUGACCCGCCCCAGUCCUAAACUGUCCUGUCUGACCCCUCUCAGUCCAACCCUGUCCAGUCUGACCUUUCCCAGUCCAAAUACAUUCUGUCUGACCCGUCCCAAACCUAAAACAUCCCAUCUCUCCUGCCCUAGUCCAAAUCUGUUGCGUCUGACCUUUCACAUUCAAAAUCUGUCCUGUUUGACCAGUCCCAGUCCUAAACCUGUUCCAGUCCAAACCCGUCCCAUCUGACCUGUCCGUGCCAUCUGAUUUGUUCCAGUCCAAACUUGUCCUGGUCCUAGUCCAAAAUGUCCCAGGUAAAACCCGUCCCACCUGACCUUUCCCAGUCUAAAAACCCGUCUCGUCAGUCCAAACCUAGUCCUGUCUUGACCGUCCUAGUCCAAAACCCUUCCCCGGUCAAACUCCUCCCAUCCAGUCCUUUGUUUCUCCCUGAUUGUGUCAGACCCAGACCUUCAUAUCAGAAUCCUGUUUCUAGUCUAAAACAAUGUAUCUCCUGCUGAUCUGAAAAAUCAAUGCCAGUGAUAAGAUUGUCAGAAGAAACUAAAAUCUGCACCUGUUUAACUAUGAAGAACCUGAUCAGGAAAUCUGCUUAGUUUGUUUCUGGGUAUUUGACCUCAUUCUCAGCAGAGCUGGAGGUUGGAACACCAUUAGUGUCCAAAUUGAGCCAUGUUAAAGUGAAGUAAUUAGGUUGCCUCUGUACAGAUGUUAAUCUGUCCUCAGUGUUAUCGCAUCAGUCUAUGGUCUACUCAAUCAUUGCCUACCAUCAAUCGAUCCAUCUGCCAUAAAGAGCUGCAACAGAGAGACAGCCAACAGAGAUCAGAGGAAGAGCCAAACUGAAUACUGCAAGUCUCCAGCCAAAGUAUUCUGAGCAACCGCGAACUGGUAUCCUGCUGGACCCCAGAUGACCCCCAGAUGACCACCACUAACACUCUACCACUACACAACCAACAACCUCAGAUAUCCAACCAACCGUCAGGAAGAAUCAAGCAGGGAUCUACAGUCAGGAGGCAUUUCCAAGCAGGCUAGUACCAGAAUCCUGCAGAGGCCCAUACAGAAUCCAGCAGAAAUCCAACUUUAACAUUUAACCCAUCGGUACUCACCUAUCCAGCAGAACUGAGCAGAUGGCAUCUGACUGCCCCCUGACCACAAACUGCUCUGAUCACCAGAAACGGGUGGGGAUUGUGGACCUUAUGGACCUCCCCGGUCCCAGCCCCACUCACGGCUUGGUCCCGGAGCAGCAUCUGUUUCCUACUGUGGAUGUUCCUGUGCAUGCCCAUUACAUCAUCGGCUCAGUGAUCCUUUUGUUGGGAGUGACAGGAAUGCUGGGAAAUGCUCUGGUCAUCUACGUCUUCUGUCGCAGUAAGACAUUGCAAUCUCCCAGCAACCUUCUGGUGGUUAACCUGGCAAUGGCUGACUUCCUAAUGUCAGUGACGCAGUCCCCGGUCUUCUUUGUGGCGAGCCUGCACCGCCGCUGGGUGUUUGGAGAGUUUGCCUGUGAGCUGUAUGCCUUCUGCGGUGCUCUGUUUGGCAUCACGUCCAUGAUGACACUCACAGCCAUUGCAGUGGAUCGGUGCUUGGCAAUCACACGACCACUGGUGCUGCUAGGUGGAGUCAGCCGGCGGCGGCUCUGUGUGGUGGUCAUGGGGGUCUGGGUGUACUCACUUGGCUGGAGCCUGCCUCCAUUUUUUGGCUGGAGUGCCUACAUCCCUGAGGGCCUGCAAACAUCCUGCAGUUGGGACUAUAUGAGCUUCACAGUCACAGUGCGCACCUACACCAUUUUUCUUUUUGUCUUUGUCUUCUUCAUCCCCCUCGCUGUCAUCGCCAUUUGCUACUUGGCCAUCUUCAGGGCCGUGCGGCAAGCAGCUCAGGAGAUAGAGAGGCUAAACUGUGGAGAGACCAUCAAGGCUUAUGACCGUCUGCGUAGUGAAUGGCGGAUGGCCAAAGUAGCUCUGGGAGUGAUUCUGCUGUUCGUUGUGUCCUGGUCACCAUACUCUGCUGUUGCUUUGACUGCAACUGCUGGCUAUGCCCACCUGCUGACUCCUUACAUGAAUUCAGUACCUGCAAUCAUCGCCAAGGCCUCUGCAAUCCACAACCCCAUCAUCUACGCCAUCACACACCCAAAGUAUCGUGCCGCCAUAGGCCGCCAUUUCCCCCUUCUGCGUGGUGUGCUGCGACUGCAGGACAAGGACCUGCACUCUUCCUUCUGUUCCAGUGCUGCUUCAUCUCGCCGGGCCACGCUUACCAGCUCCCCAGGAGUCCGUCUGGGUGCUGGUGUCCAAAUCAAUGGACGCUGGAGAAAGAGCCGCUUGUCCUCAGCUUCUGACAGUGACUCCUGCUGGACAGAGAGCGAAGCUGAUGGCUCGGGUGCCUUGGCAACAGUUGUCAACCGGCGUCCUUCCACUGAGUUAAAACCUGAGCUGUCGGACUCGGCCCUCAUGAGACAGCUGACAGGGCCCACCAGACAAACCGACAGCGAGUCACCUGACCGCUGUGCGAAAAUGGAGACAAAACCCUUGCUGGUCCCUCUAUGAUGUCACCUCCCUUGGAAGCCAUAGCACAACCCUCAGUCCUGGACCUCAACGCUCAGUCCUGUAGCCCAACCCUCAGUCCUGUAGCCCAACCCUCAGUCCUUUACACAACCCUGAGUCCUGGACCUUAACCCAUAGUCCUGUAGCCCAACCCUCAGUCCUGUAGCCCAACCCUGAGACCUUGACCUUAACCCAUAGUCCUGUAGCCCAACCCUCAGUCCUGUAGCCCAACCCUGAGACCUUGACCUUAACCCAUAGUCCUGUAGCCCAACCCUCAGUCCUGUAGCCCAACCCUGAGACCUUGACCUUAACCCAUAGUCCUGUAGCCCAACCCUCAGUCCUGUAGCCCAACCCUGAGUCCUGGACCUUAACCCAUAGUCCUGUAGCCCAACCCUCAGUCCUGUAGCCCAACCCUGAGUCCUGGACCUUAACCCAUAGUCCUGUAGCCCAACCCUCAGUCCUGUAGCCCAACCCUGAGUCCUGUAGUCCAACCCUCAGUCUGUAGCAGUCUGUAACAGUAAAACGUAUUUUAUUGGCCUUAAAGACAUGUAUAGUAAGUAUAAUUAAACUUGCCUUGCUUCGCCUGCAUAGUUAUUUUUUAUUAUUGAUUAUUUUAUCACUUUUCAGUUCAUUUUAAUUCCUAUCAUACUUAGUUUUAAUAAUAUUUCCCUCGCCUUCUAUGGCACUGUAUUGGAAGCGUAUCCGUGUUAUUUUUAAUUUUUUUUUAAUUGUCCUGCUACUGUAAUAUGCUAUAAAUAAACAACUUGCCUUUUCAACAUGGUUUUACCAUACUGUGUCCAUUCCUGGCUGUGUAUUGUUGUCUAUAAGGUCUUUGGGUAUUCAGCCACUCACAGUGACAUUUUAAUUACUGUUGGUUCUAACAAUUCACCCAUCAAUAGUAAACUUACCUUCACUAAAAC